GUGCAAAUAGUCUCCUGUACUUUGGAGUUUACAGUCUGUUUGUUCAUUCCUUUUUGGUCUUUUCUGUUUGGUGGGAUAUCAAAAGGAAUAACUACCUAGAGCAACAAGAUGGCAAGGGUUUGUUUAUUUGUCAUAACUGUUGUAUUAAUGGUGGAAAACUGGUUCACUUCUGGAGGUAGGCUUCACACAUUUAACAAAAAAUAGAUAUCAACAAACAGUAUCCUCUAUGUUUUUCCUAAGUGCUUCUUUAUCAUUCUUUAUGAUAGUAUAUAAAUACUGUACAAAUGUAAUGUUUGAUUCACAUAUUAUUUGCUCAACAUUUUCUGGUAUAUCUGCUUCACAUGAACCCAAACUAUGGGUUUAAUAUGAUUUCAGUAAACUGGCACAAUUCCUUCCCAGAUACCUCAUGCCCAUAGGGGGCACAGGGGCAUGUUCCCCCUCAGCUUUGUCCUGUUUAAAAAUAUACACUACCGUUCAAAAGUUUGGGGUUCACUUAGAAAUGUCCUUGUUUUUGAAAGAAAAGCAAUUUUUUUGUCCAUUAAAAUAACAUCAAAUUGAUCCGAAAUACAGUGUAGACAUUGUUAAUGUUGUAAAUGGAUAUUGUAGCUGGAAACAGCAGAUUUUUUAUGGAAUAUCUACAUAGGCGUACAGAUGCCCAUUAUCAGCAACCAUCAGUCCUGUGUUCUCAACGUCAACAGUGAAGAGGCGACUCCGGGAUGCUGACCUUCUAGGCAGAGUUGCAAAGAGAAGCCAUAUCUCAGACUGCCCAUCUUUUAUUUUUAUUGGUCAGUCUGCAAUAUGGCUUUUUCUUUGCAACUCUGCCUAGAAGGUCAGCAUCCCGGAGUCGCCUCUUCACUGUUUGACGUUGAGACUGGUGUUUUGCGGGUACUAUUUAAUUAAGCUGCCAGUUGAGGACCUGUGAGGUGCCUGUUUCUCAAACUAGACACUCUAAUGUAUUUGUCCUCUUGCUCAGUUGUGCACCGGGGCCUCCCACUCCUCUUUCUAUUCUGGUUAGAGCCAGUUUGCGCUGUUCUGUGAAGGGAGUAGUACACAGCGUUGUACGAGAUCUUCAGUUUCUUGGCAAUUUCACACAUAGAAUAGCCUUAAUUUCUCAGAACCAGAUUAGACUGAUGAGUUUCAGAAGAAAGUUAUUUGUUUCUGGCCAUUUUGAGCCUGUAAUCAAACCCACAAUUGCUGAUGCUCCAGAUACUCAACUAGUCUCUAGAAGGCCAGUUUUAUUGCUUCUUUAAUCAGCACAACAGUUUUCAGCUGUGCUAACAUAAUUGCAAAAGGGUUUUCUAAUGAUCAAUUAGCCUUUUAAAAUGAUAAACUUGUAUUAGCAAACACAACGUGCCAUUGGAACACAAGACUGAUGGUUGCUGAUAACGGGCCUCUGUACGCCUAUGUAGAUAUUCCAUUAAAAUCAGCCGUUUCCAGCUACAAUAGCCAUUUACAACAUUAACAAUGUCUACACUGUAUUUCUGAUCAAUUUGAUGUUAUUUUAAUGGACAAAAUAAUUGCUUUUCUUUCGAAAAACAAGGAAAUUCCUAAGUGACCCCAAACUUUUGAACGGUAGUGUAUAUAAUUAUUAUAAUUUAUAGCUACAUUUUGUUGUUGUUGUUUCUCUGUUAUACUACUAGCCAUCUAGCAAUUUUAUGAAGUUGGUUUUAGCUAGCCCAGAUAGAUUCCCAAUCUCCUAAUCUCAUAACUAGCUACCAAGAAGCCAUUUCAGGCUAUCAAUCAAGUCAGAGUAGCUAGCUCGUCUAACUAUCUUAGCUGGCAUGCCUGCUGAUAAGGUUGGUAGACUUUAGAAAGUAAAAGCAAGCAAUUACUAAAUGUACUCUCAUUCCUUUCAAUCUUUUACCCAGACGUUAGCAGAGAUACAGAGAAUCAUACAUUACAUGACCAAAAGUAUGUGGACACCUGCUCAUCAAACAUCUCAUUCCAAAAUCAUGGGCAUUAAUAUGGAGUUGGUCUCCCUUUGCUGCUAUAACAGCCUCCACUCUUCUGGGAAGGCGUUCCACUAGAUGUUGGAACAUUGCUGCGUGGAUUUGAUUCCUUUCAGCCACAAGACCAUUAGUGAGGUCGGGCACUGAUGUUGGGCGAUUAGGCCUGGCUUGCAGUAGGCAUUCCAAAUCAUCCCAAAGGUGUUUGAUGGGGUCGAGGUCAGGGCCCUAUGCAGGCCAGUCAAGUUCUUCCACACCAAUUUCGACAAACCAUUUCUGUAUGGACCUCGCUUUGUGCUCAAGGGCAUCGUCAUGCUGAAACAGGAAAGGGCCUUCCCCAAACUGUUGCCACAAAAUUGUAAGCACAGAAUCAUCUAGAAUAUCAUUGUAUGGUUGUAGGUUUAAGAUUUCCCUUCACUGGAACUAAGGGGCCUAGCCCAAACCAUGAAAAACAGCCCCAGACCAUUAUUCCUCCUCCACCAAACUUUAAAGUUGGCACAAUGCAUUCGGGCUGGUAGCGUUCUCCUGGCAUCCGCCAAACCCAGAUUCAUCCGUCGGACUGCCAGAUGGUGAAGUGUGAUUCAUCACUCCAGAGAACGCGUUUCCACUGCUCCAGAGUCCAAUGGCGGCAAGCUUUACACCACUCCAGCCAACGCUUGGCAUUGUGCAUGGUGAUCUUAGGCUUGUGUGUGGCUGCUCGGCCAUGGAAAUCAAUUUCAUGAAGCUCCCGACUAACAGUUAUUGCUUCCAGAGGCAGUUUGGAACUCGGUAGUGAGUGUUGCAACCGAGGACAGACGAUUUUUAUGUGCUACGCGCUUCAACACUCUGUGGUCCCGUUCUGUGAGCUUGUGUGGCCUACCACUUUGUUGCUGAGCCGUUGUUGCUCCAAGACAUUUUCACUUCACAAUAACAGCACUUACAGUUGACCAGGGCAGCUCUAGCAGGGCAGACAUUUGACAAACUGAUUUGUUGGAAAGGUGGCAUCCUAUGACAGUACCACAUUGAAAGUCACUGAGCUCUUCAGUAAGGCCAUUCUACUGCCAAUGUUUGUCUAAAAUAGCCGAAUCCACUAAUUUUAAGGGUUGUCCACAUACAGGGUUGUCCACAUUGUAUAUAUAGUGUAAUUAGUUUCUUUAAAAAAAUAACCACUAGUCAGGAGGAUACAGACAGCUCAAGAGGUAUGCUUAGAUAUGCAGAAAAAUAAGCAUAUCUUUUUUAAUAGAAUUAAGCAUAAUGAUUAUGGCUCUAGAUUUUAGGAAAAAACUGUUUCAGGUGUUAGAAAAAGUUUUCAACUUCCUGACGGGGGCCCUAGCCCCCCUCCGGACUCCCCCCUAGCCAUCCUCAAAUACUUUGUGCCCCCUCAGAUUUUUGGGUGCAUGAUGCCCCUGCUUCUUCCAGUUCAGUUGUCAGUCAAAUGCAGUGUCACAUUGUAUAAACUUCAGGGUACAGAUACAGGAUGAGAGCAUGAGAAGAGUCAGAGACGUUUUCUUUAUGUCAAUUAUCAUAUUUUCUUCUUCAUGGUAAACGUCAUAUGCUUCGCCAACCUGAAUGAGAUCAAAAAAGAUGUUCACCUUUCCCUUAUAAGGGGAAUUCAUUUAAACUCAAUUGUUCAUUUAGUGACCCCCCAUCUCUGUCCUCCUUUCCUCCCCAGCCUCAGUCUUUCUGUCCAGGCAGUCUGCAGACAACCUCCUGAGGAGGCAGAAACGCUACAACACGGGGGCCUUCGAGGAGCUGAAGAGGGACAACCUGGAGAGGGAGUGUAUCGAGGAGCGCUGCAAUCUGGAGGAGGCGAGAGAAGUGUUUGAGGACAUGGAGAAAACAGUAGGUAGCAUCCUCUACAACCCCACAUGAAGUCCAUCUGCCCAUUGGCUCUGCCAUGUCAGGUGAUAGACAGCAUCAAUAAAAAACAUUUUUUUUUUCUUUUUAUUUAGAUGGAUUUUUGGGUGAAUUACCUUGGUAAGCAUUAAUUAUUAAAAAUGUGGAUAUUCUGUAGACAUAGUAGUGUUAUAUUAUCAGCAGAUUGGUAUAAUCUAUAUAAUGUAUCUGUAGUCAAGUCUUUGUCUAUGUGCCCCUCCAGACGGGGACCAGUGUGAGUCCAACCCAUGCCAGAAUGGGGGGAAGUGUAAAGACGCCAUGAGUGCUUAUGUAUGCUGGUGUCCACCUCAAUUCAAUGGGAAAAACUGUGAGAUAGGUGAGCAAUGUGGUCCCUUUAUUCUGUUUAAAAUCUAAUCAAAUACAGUAACGUUGACUGUCUUUUUAUCCACUUGUCAUUUGAUUGGAUUUGCAGAUAUUCCUGCUUUACCUGAAGAUUUCAUUGCAUUUGUUUACCUUAUAGUAGCUUACAUGUUAACCUCUUUAAUUUCCCCAAAUUGUUUGAAGUCAACUAGUCUCCUAACCCACUGUUCUCAUGGAUUCUCCCUACUCAGAGAUGGCUAAGCAGUGUGACAUCAACAACGGUGGCUGCUCCCACUUCUGUGUGCUGAACGGCCAGCAUGCAGUGUGUGACUGUGCCACGGGGUAUAAACUGGCUCCAGACAAGACCACUUGUGAACCAGAAGGUGCUGAUUAAUCCUGCAUAUAAAAUAUAAUGUUUCCUUUACAUUUAUUUACAUCAUCUAUCUUCUAUUUUCAACCUGUGUUUGCCAGGACUAUUCCCUUGUGGUCAUCUUGGCAAGGCUGUAAGCUCAACCCUGUCCUCUCGGUCGAUCAUCACAGCCGUAAAUGUUGAUCAAACCCAGCACUCCUACGACAACGCCAUCAACAUCACUGAGGCACUGGAGACCUCUGUGAACAACACCUUAGAUUCUCGUGUGGUCAAUGCCACCACCACAACCCCCCACCGUAUCAGCAGCACCAGCAGCAGCCACUCUUCCUCAGUGCUGGGGGACUUGCCCUCCUGGGUCUUCUUCCCAACACUACCCACCAUCCGGGAAGAGACAUCCGACAACAAGCGCAUCGUUGGGGGAAAUACAGUGAAACAUGGGGAGAUCCCCUGGCAGGUAGGACAGUCGUGUGUGUGUGUGUGUGAGUGUAAUUAAGCCCCUCCAGUCAAUGUGUUUAGACUGCUGUUGUCUGUGCUAACCUCUGGAACACUGCCAGGUGGCCCUGAUGAGCAAGCUGACCAGGCAGAGCUUCUGUGGUGGCUCCCUCCUCAGUGAGAUGUGGGUCAUCACCGCUGCCCACUGCCUGAAAGAGGACUUCAUUGGAUUAUUUUUCAUCAGAGUGGGUGAGUCAACCCAAGUAGGAGUGACUGCCUGUUUUCGUAUUUGUGCUUCCUUCAUUCAAAAGAAUGUUUAUCUGAUCACAAUGUCUCUCUGCAGGUGAGCACAACAUGCAGGUCCAAGAGGGGAGGGAGCAUGACCACGCUGUGGCUGAGUACCACAUACACCCGCGAUACGACGCCAAGACAAGCAUGUACAACCACGACAUAGCCCUGCUGAAGCUCCGCACGCCCGUACUCCUCUCUGACUACAGCCUCCCCAUCUGCCUGGGGCCCAAGGACUUCACUGAGACGCUGCUGAGGGAGGCCUCCAGCUCUGUGGUCAGCGGCUGGGGCAGGAUGCGCUUCCAGGGCCCAGAGUCCUCCAUACUGCAGAAGGUGGAGGUGCCUUAUGUGGACCGGACCGAGUGCAAGGGCAGCAGCGCAGAACGGGUGUCCCGCUUCAUGUUCUGUGCCGGUUACAUCAAUGAGCAGAAGGAUUCAUGCCAGGGGGACAGUGGCGGUCCCCAUGCUACCCAGUACCGGGACACCUGGUUCCUUACAGGCAUCGUGAGCUGGGGCGAGGAGUGCGCCAAGGAAGGGAAGUAUGGCAUCUACACACGUGUGUCACGCUACUUCCCUUGGAUCUCCAAUGUCACUGGGCUUAGAAGCAUCGGUUCCAAUUCUGAGCCUGACGUCUCUACUUAAAGUUUGGGAUUCUUACAAAUGUGUAUUGUGUCACUGAGCUGAUUUAUUCUUUGUUGUUGAAUUAAAAGGGAUCUGGAAA